AUGUUGAAACCAGCCUUCUAUACCCUCAGUCUACUCGGCACGAUUGCGAUCUGGGGCCGAAACGUCUUGGACGGCAGCUUCGCGCGAGUAUUCGCCGCUGUCAAUAGCGAGAGCACCUACAUUCUUCCCGGGACAAAAGAGCCGUUGCUGACUUCGAUCACUGGGAUACGAUAUCCCAUCGACUAUCAGUUAGGAAUUCUUAUCUUAUAUUUCUGGGAAGCAGUCGAUGGCUCGCACCCGGCAACAUCCGCCGUUGGCAUCUAUUUCCUCGGACAAUACCUAAGUAUUCUCACGGUCAUGUUGACUGAUAGCUUUCGAAAAGGCCAGGUGUCGGGCUUUGGGAAAGCUAUUGCCUGGACCCUCCUCUUCCAAGCAUUAGCAAUAGGUUCCUCAAGCGGCAUUUGGGCAGCUCUUUACACCGCCAGCUCUCCACUAGUUUACAGAAACCUACCAUUGAGCUCCUUGCAGCAAGCAUCUCUCGCGUCGCCCUCGUCUACCUUAUUCCUCACUCCGGCCCUAGCUUUCGGAUUCAUAGCCCCGUCCAUUAUCAUGGCUAUUCCGUCCCCAUCCCUCGUCUCAAACCGCUUCCAGCAGCUCGCUGUUGUCGUUUGGAACGUGUUCCCGCUCCUAGUCUUCGCGCUGCACAAGACGUUCUCCUUCCUCCUCCCCAAAAGAGGCUUCUUGAAACAGACAUCUCCGAUCUCCCACCUCAAAGCCAUCCGCCUAACCAACGCGUUCGUCCUUGCCGUCAGCUUCGCCGUCCACGUCGCCGUCUCGAGCCUCAGCCUUGCUACCGUUUUCUUCCCCGCUCUCUUCGCACCUGGGUAUGCCGAUGAGCUUAGUCCGGCGUCUGUCUUUGCGCCGCCGAUUGCCAUCAUCCAGAGUAAGACAACGGGAGAAGGGUUAAGGAGUUUCUUGCUGUGGGAUCAGGUUUUUGGGUACUCGAUUAUGCUGAUCGUUGCGCUGAUGCAACUGGAGACGGUGGCCAAGGUGAAGAGGAAGACGUUUAGUUGGGUGAAGACUAUUCCUCUUGUCUUGGUUGGAGCGGUGGUAGCUGGGCCGGGCAGUGUGUGUCUGGUUGUCAGUUGGGUUAGGGAUGAGAUUUUGUUUGAUUAUGGGAAGGACUCCGUCCUGGCGAAGACAAAGUGA